AUGCCGAGUGUGAGGGUUGCUACUGCUCGCUUGGUGUCCAAUUUAAAGAGACUGUUGAGGGGCAAGACUGUCACUGGACGUAGAGCAUGGGUUCUGGUCCUGACGGGGAUCAUUGGCUUAUGUUUCUUUGCGCUGUCGAUAAAGACACAUGCUGAUUUGUUUUCCAACAAUGACAAUGCGCAAGUAGGGAGAGUAGUUGUUACGGAGAAGGAAUUUUUGUCUAAUCUGGAUCUUACUGAAACUCUUUCCAAAAUGAAAAAGAAGUGGCUCAUGUCUCGUUUCAACAACGAGUUACUUACGAAACGAUUUCGUAAGGAGAACGUCGUUGGGUAUGUUUCAAACAUAGACUUGUCCAAAACACAAGCCUAUGCUCGGCUUAAACCGGAUGACAGGAAUUCGUGGAUAGAAGAUUCGCUCGGUUGCAAAGAAAUGCAACAACCUCAUGUCUUGGAAUCGUACGUGUGGGACCAAAAGAUUAAGAUUGACAUAUAUAAUGUACGGAACAUGUUGAUCUCACAAAAUCAUCCGCUGCGGACCUACCUGAUUAGCGAGGAGGAGAAGCACAUGUCGACGAAAGAUAUAUUGAGAGAAAACUGGUAUGCGUUUGGUUCUUCAGCUGUUUGGUUGGAGAAGGAAAAUUGUUACUUGGUGUACACAAGAUUAAUGUAUUCGAAGGAACACAAAAGAAACAUUCCGUUUAUGUCUCUGAUAUACGGUCAAGCAUACGAUAGGGAUUGGAAUUUGCUUCCUGGGAAAAUGAUUCGGUAUAAUGAUAUUGCGAUGCCUGAUGUUGUGAAACAAGAGGUUGAAAAAUUGAAGUAUGAGAGAGAAAACACGAGCUGUGAUCACGUCAAGCACGACGCAAAGCAGUUUGAGGAGUGUCUUACAAUUUACAAGGACAUGAUGCAAGAUAUCGAUGUCCGGUUAGCUGCUCUUCAAGACAGGUACUACAUAUCGUACCCAACCGUCAUCGAUAUACCCAUGGUCAUUAAUCACGUGUACAAUGGUCCCGAGGACCCGAGGUCCAUCUUGCACAAGAACCAAAGGGGUGAAGAGCCUCUGCUUCUGUUCAAUAUGGAGACUGAAGGUUACAGAAGAAUCCAUUCGUUCUACCCGCAUAGAAAGAUCAAUUCCCUAGUGAGAUUUGAAUCUACAGACAUGAGUUUGUCCAGGACUGAGAAGAACUGGGCACCAUUUUUGACGGACCCAGCGUCAGAGAACGAUCGAUUCCCAGAGGAGUCUAUCCAUUUCGUUUACAACCUCAUGCCACUGAUUAUAUUCCGUUGUUCGUUGUUUGACGGGAAAUGUCGUACUGUAUUUAAGGACCACAAUAUCGAGGAUGCGUCCGUCGGGCUAAUAAGGGGUGGUACGCAAUUUGUUAAACUUCCCUCGGUGAUCCCAGAGGUGGAAGGCCGGGCCAUGUGGGUAGCGUUCACCAAGUCGCACGUGAAGGAGUGUGGCUGCACUGGUGCAUUCUACAGGCCGAUGCUCACCGUCAUGGUGGAAAAGGACGGCGCCUUCAACAUAGAGACCAUAACACCCGUUGUCGACUUCAAGAUGGACGUGCUCAACUGGAGCCUCGACGGCACAUCGUGCGUUGGUCUUAACAACGUUUUGAGUCCGAACAGUAUCUCCUCCUGGGAUGUUAUUUCGCAGGACGCAGAGACGGGCCAGUACGAGGACUACAUGACGGUUAUAGUGAGUGAGUCCGACGUCAAUUCCAAGCUGGUCGUAGUCAAGGGUGUUUUGAAUUUCGUCAUUGACAUUUAUCGCAAAUUCCAAGUCCGUGACACCUACACAGCCGACGAAGAAUCCGCACUUAUCAACAAGAAGCAAUUCAAGUGUACUGAGCAAGACCUGAGAGAUUUCUGCGCUCUUUACAGUGACACGCACUGA